UCAAUGCCAUUUCUCCCUGAUUUGAAUCGAGCCUGAUUUUUUUGUUCCGUUAUGGAUUUUAAACACACCUGCAAUCGGAUUUAAUCUUAAAAGGCCAAGUCUGUAUCCAGCGAGCAGUUCAGCCAAAAGUGGGCCCUUGACGUAGGAGCUGCCAAACCAUUGAACAGUCGAGUGCGCGCCUGGCAUCGCGUUUCCAUCUCGGAACUGGAAGACGUCAGUUGUUGGCCAGAAAAACACACAAUCCCAUCUCAACACCCUUUCGCCGCGCCCAGGGAAGACUGUCGCCAAGAUGUCGGUCAUUCUCGAGACAACGGCAGGUGACAUUGUCAUUGACCUGCUGGUCGAUUUCGCCCCCAAGAUGUGCGAAAACUUUCUCAAGCUAUGCAAGAUCAAAUACUACAACUUUUCUCCUAUCCACUCUAUUCAAAAGUCCUUUUCCUGUCAAACCGGCGACCCUCUCGGGCCUCUGUCCCCCAAUUCCGACGGCGGAAGUUCCAUCUGGGGCUUACUCGAAGGAAGGGACAAGACAUUUCCUGCCUUGUUCCAUCCCAAAUUGAAACACCGCGAACGAGGCACUGUCAGCAUGGCUACUGCCCCCCACCCGUCUGACCCAGAGACACGACUGGCUGGCUCUCAAUUUCUGAUCACACUGGGAGAGGACGGGAUAGACUUCCUAGACGACAAAGCCGCCAUAUUUGGGAAAGUCGCCGAGGGCUUUGACGUUCUGGAGAAGAUCAACGAGGCAAUUGUGGAUGAACGAGGGAACCCGCUGGUGGACAUCAGAAUCAAGCAUACCAUUGUGUUGGAGGAUCCCUACCCUGACCCCGCUGGCCUGCGGGAGCCGAGUGCUUCACCUCCACCGACCAACGCACAGCUCGCUACCGUCAGGAUUGCGGAAGGAGAAGAGCUGGUUGAUGUCGAAAAGGACGAAGAAGCCGCCGCUGAGGCGGAAACGAGAAAGAGAGAGAGGGAAGCAGCCGCCCAGGCGUUGACGUUGGAGAUGCUAGGCGAUCUCCCAUUUGCCGAAGUCAAGCCACCAGAAAAUGUCCUGUUUGUUUGCAAGCUCAACCCAGUCACAACUGACGAGGACUUGGAGUUGAUAUUCAGUCGAUUUGGCAAGAUUCUGAGUUGCGAGGUGAUCAGAGAUCAGAAAACCGGCGACAGCUUGCAGUAUGCUUUCAUUGAGUUUGAAGAUAAGAAGAGCUGCGAGGAAGCGUACUACAAGAUGGAUUCCGUUCUGAUUGACGACAGGAGAAUUCACGUAGACUUCAGUCAGAGCGUCAGUCGCCUGAGCGAGGUUUGGAGAAACGAUACCAACACGAAACGCAAAACUGCUGCUGCAAGAAAAGGGAAAGGUGGCUGGGGUGGUGUGCAAGAGCUGGAGAAAUGGCGCAAGUACAGGAAUGAAGACGUGGAACGUGACGACGAGGACGAUCAUUACCGGAUGGUCCAUGGGGUGGAGGAUAUGCAGCAUGGCCGGCACGAUACCGGCGUCUCCCACAGCAGCAGCAGCAAUAACAAUGAGAACAAUAACAAACGCAAGCCUUACGACAGGAGAGCCGGCGAGAGCCGGUCGAGCGGCCCGAGUGGAAGUGGUGGUCAUGAAGAUAGCCGAAGAGAAGCUGCGGCACACCGGCGGGGAAGAGAGUCCCCGGACCGGCUGACGGACACGCACAGCAGUAGCGGCAAUAACAACAGGCCAGAGCACAGGCGAGGUCACACGGAGCGACGGAGCCGGAGCCCCAGACAAGACCAUGGUUAUCACCGUCACAGCUACCGCGACAACAACCGCCAUGACAGGCCAGGCGAUCCCGGACAAUCAUCAUCAAGGGGCCGAGAAGAUCGGGAUUGGGCUCGCAGAGAUCGUCGGGACCAAGAUCGCGAUAGAAGGGAUAGGAGCAGAUACAGGGACAGGGAUAGGGGCCAGGACAGAUACCGGGGAAGAGGCGGAGGAGACGAGUACAGUGGACGUUGA